UUUGGUAAUUUAUCGAGCAAAUAAAUGAAUUCACUGUCCUAGUUUUGUGGAGAUUUAAAAUAUAUGAGUAACAUGUAUUAAUCAAUAAUGGAUAAAUACGAUUAUUUAGUAAUAGUGGUUCGUUAAAUAAGAUAUGCAACUAUUUUCAUUUGUAGGGAUUGAUUUCUAUGUCAUUUAGUAUUCGAAAUUCGACAGAGAGCUCAGAGUUGGUGGAGACAGCUCUAAUUAAGCAAUUCCGAUUGAGAAAAUGAAUUUAUAAAAUUUUGUAUGCAGUCAUUUUAUCCAACCUUCAACCUGUCAUUAAAAUUUAUUAACACUGGUGCGUUAUUACGAUAUCCGGUUGUACUUUGUUUCAUAUUUCGUGAGAACAAAAUGAGUCUUUUAAACUUACUUCUUCUGAAAUGUUGACAAUGAGUUUACAGUGAAUAUAGAAUUAUCGUGUCCACGCGAAUCAUUAAUCUUUAUGUGCACAGUUUCGCAGAGGAGAACGUCUUAUCAAAAUUCAAGAUGAUGAUAUGUAUAGUUUCCCUAUAUGUAGAUUUAGAGUAUAUAAAUAUCAUAUCAUUCCCUUUAAUUAAUUUUUAGUCAGUUCAUAAUAAAUACGAUGGAACUUUUUGAAUAAAAUAUCAUAAGCGUUUAGGAUACACACAGCACGAUCAAAUAUGACAAAGUUUGUGACAUAAAUGAUCUCUUUGUCCUCACCCUACGUACAUAUAUUCGCUGGUGGUUUGGUUAUAACUCAACUCCACUUGCAUACGCUUCUCGUUAAUUAGCUUGGUUUAUUCGCCUCCAAUGCAUGUCACUGGAGGAGUCAAUGAAUGAAUGAAUGAAACAUAUUUAUUUUGUGUCAUAUUUUAUAUCAAACGCGUCUUCUUGAUCAACUGUAAUUUGGCAAUUCCUUACGAUAGCAUCCGUUCUUGUUAAUAUUAUAAUAUUAUAAAAUGGUGGCGCUUGAAUUAAAAUAAACCGAGUUGAUAGUUAGUGAAACAACUUGAUCUGCAGUGGCAUCGCGAAUAAAAAAAUACUGGAUCAAAGUUCUUGCGAUUUUUAACAGAAAUUUCACAUAUCCUGCUAUUAAUUACAUAGUGAUUUAUCUAGUCAACUGGAUUUACUCUUUAUCGAAAGCGAAUUAUUCGGUCAUCAUCCAUCUCUGCCUAUUUUUUUAAAGGAGCCAGUAAUUCAUGGAUAUCAUGUGUGCGAUUAAAGUGUAAAAUUGUGCUGGUUGAACUAUUGGAGAUUUAUAGAGGCUGAUUGAUACAUUGAAAAGUGCUGCUAAAAGUGAUGCUCUAACUAAACGGACGAAACUAUAUGAACAUAAAUAUUUGCAAUGCAGAUCUCUGGCUCGAGAUUGACUUAAAAUGGGGAAGAUGGACAUGGAGUCCUCCGAGAGGUCGGAAGGGUCGAUCAUGGAACCGCAAAGCAUAACGGAUUACAGCAUGAGAUCGCGACAAGCGGAGAUACAGUCGUACAGAAAUUCUUCAGUAUCACCAGACCCCGAGGGUUCCAGAUCUCGAUCUCCGCACCCGAUGCGAGGAAAGCAUAGCAGUUCCGAGUCGAACGGGGUGUUUCACUUUGGGGAUGAAAUGAAACAAACUCACGAAACAGCAUCCCUGCCAUCCAACCGAAAAAGACCGCUGAGCAGCAGCAGCGGAGGAUCCAGCUUUCACCAUCACUCGCACAGGAAGGAAAUGUCCGGCUCAGGCGGUGGCUCGAUCUCUGAAAUGGUAUCUCGACUCCCAAAAUGUGCUCGAUGUCGAAAUCAUGGCUUCAUCGUUCCUGUAAAAGCACACAAGCGCUACUGCGACUUCCGAGAUUGUGUCUGUCCCAAAUGUCUAAUUGUGAAAGAGCGUCAGUGUGUGAUGGCAGUCCAGGUAAGACUCGUUUUUGUGAUUUUACAUAUGUAGCACUUGGUAUUUUCAGUCGUCAGAGUUCAUUUAUUUAUUUAUCAUCUUUAUACAAAGUUGCCGAACUUUGAACCCUCGCCACCACCACAGAAAUACAUAAUAGAUUGUCAUAUGUGCAUAUCAGAAACUGCAGUGCAAGUACAUACAUAUAUGCCCAAUAAUGGGUGCUGGAUUAAUAGAGUCAAAUGGCACGAGCGAAUCCACGCGAACAUUUACAUGCAUACAAAGAUAGGCCCACCUCAAGCACAUUGUAUCAAUUUGUGGCUCAAGUGGGAUGCAAAAGGUUGGCAGGUGAUUAAUAUUUUGAGAUAAGCAACUUAUCAUGGAUGCACAAUGUUCACUCUUGAAAUGACAAAUGAUAUGAUGAUGUUCAUGUGUGUGCAGAUAUCUGAAACAAUCAAGUGCACUUUGCCACCAAACACCAAACUGUUUGGUCCGCACAUAUGAAAAGCUUCAAUGAAAUGGGGUAGCGCGUGGAUUAACAUCACCAUAAUUCUCCAUAACAUUAGGGAAAACUUUGUCGAAAUUAUUUUGUAUUUUAUUGAAAGCUAUGUAAGCUGAAUUGGCCCGUCACUCUAGAAUUUACCUUAUCUUUUUCCACAUUGAGAUGUUAUUUAUACAAAUACAAGAGGCAAUUUAGUCAGUUUGUAUGUUUAUGCCUCUCUACCGCAAAUACUCGCAGUUUUAAUAUGAAAUCAAGCUGCAGGGAGGAUAAAGCAGGAUAGCGACGUGCUAUAUGUACAGCAUAAUAUUAUAUGCACAACUUUCAUGGGAUGUAAAUAGUACGUAGUAAGUAGUGAUCUCAUUGCAGUUUAUUUUUCGUUAAAUGUGGAACACAAAGUGGAGCAAGUGGAAAUUGCAUAGCAUAUUUGCAGCUUCUGUACUUCAGAUGUAAGGCGAUGUUCAUCAAUGUUAAGCUGCUGUAAGACGGAGUUGUUACAACU